AUGGAGCUCCUGGGCACCACGCAGCUAGCCAGUUACUGCGGCACGAAGAAGAGCUGCCUGUUCCCAGAUCUAGCUCCCACCAGCACCACCAAGGACACCUAUCAGUCCUACUACCUACCAGGCUACCGCUACCUCAGCUCCUGGAGGCCCAGUCUGCUUCACAAAGUGGUUUCGGUUCCUCCCAGCUCUGACAAGCAAUUUAAUCCCACUGGGCGGCCGCCCACUAUUCUGCCUGCGUUACGCUCUUCGCUGCAUGACUGGCACCAUGCGAACAUGGCUCAGUUAAAAGGCUCUGAAGCCUCCAGGUACCGUGCCAGUAGACUGAACACUGAUUCAAUGAGACUGAUGCAAGAUAAAGAUCAACUGACUUAUCAGAUGCAAGAAGACAGUAGAAGAAACCUGGGAGAGAGGAUCUCUAACAUUGAUUUCUGGAGAUCUGAGCUCAUUUAUGAGCUAGAGUGUCUGCUGAAAGAGACCCAAGCCUUGGAGACAGCAAAGCAGCGGCUCGAAUGUGCUGCAGAUGAAAUGCAAGGACCACUGAAGAGAGCCCUAGAAUGCCUGUACCACCGUGAGAAGCGGAAGGGUAUAGACUUAGUUCAUGACAAUGUGGAGAAGAACCUCAUAAAGGAGGUUGAUGUAUUCAAGGACUGUCAAGAAAUAUUGACAAAACUUGCACAGAAAAUUAGUCAACAGUUGGGCAUCAACAGAGAUGCACAGCAUGCCCUGGAGCAGGAUCUUUCUGACAAAACGUCAGCCCAUUUUAUUGAUGAGAAGUGCUUUAAUCUGAGGAACACAUCGGACAGCAUCAGCUUUUACCAUGGAGUGGAGAAAGCAGAUGAGACUGUUUCAGUUCCUGCAACGUGGGCUAAAUUCAGUGAAGACAAUAUCAGGUGCUCUCAACAUGCAAGGGCCAACUCUGUCAAGCUGCGAGAGGAUGCAGAGGUUGGACUGGAGAGCACAUCUGAGGAGAUGUGGAAUCAUUUCAUCAGUACCAACUUGGCCUUUAACAAUCGUAUUGCUGAAGUAGCUGAUGCAAAGAACAAACUCCAAGCACAGCUGGCCAAGAUACUUCAGGAAAUCUUCCAGACAGAAGACACAAUCAUGUUACUGGAGAGAUCCAUAAAGGCAAAGGAGUACCCACUGAAAGUGGCUCAGACCCGCCUGGAGGGAAGAACCAAACGACCCAAUAUAGAACUUUGCCGUGAUGCACCUCAGUUUCAGCUUGUCACUGAAGUUUACACUAUAGAUGACACCUUACAAACCCUAAAGCAACGUCUGCAAGAAGCCCGUGACACUCUGCAGAUGCUGAAUGUCAACAAAUCAAAGCUGGAACAUGAAAUUUCUGUGAAGGCAAACUCCUUCUUCAUUGACAAGACAUGUAUGGACAUGCGCAAAGUCUUCCCCAGCACCCCACGGCUCAUUGGCUACACUUGA